AUGAGGCUUUCUGCUCCCUCCUUGGAGGCCCUAAUAUCCACUUCACUGGUUGUAGGGCUUGGUAACUGUGGAGACGUCCUCACAGAUCCAUUAGGCAGAUUCGUCAACUAUAUUGGGCCUGAAACUACCUACGUCUGGACCAUUCAGUUGAAGCCACUUCAGAAGGUCCUUCUGGCAUUUCCUGUCCUCAAAUGGACCAAAUCCAUUGGGAAAAUUUGUCAAGGCAACUCUCUGGUUUACCCAUCUUCAUCCAACAUUAUGACCGUCAAGUAUUCCAGAGAUCCCAGCGACAAGCCCACAUUCUUUGAGGCAUUUUACCAUGGCCACUCUACAGCAAACAUCAGAAAACUAUCCCAGUGUGUGCAGUUCCAGGACCUUUAA